UAGGAGAGGUUCCUGUUCUCAGCGGAAGGCGCAACAAAACUGAGUUGUUCAGAACACAAUCUUCUGCAUGUCGCUUACGAUCCAGCUGCUCUACGGAACCUUUGGAGGUCAGCAGUUUCGCGGUGUUUUCACGUCGGCAGCGAGAUGGAAGUCAAGGUCGAUUUGGGGCUCAUCGCGACGUGCCGUCGUGCCUCUACUCCCAGAAGGCAUGGAUCCACGCGGUCGACACCACUGCGGCCCGCAUACAUUCCAUGGAAAGACGCCAGUGCAAAUCGUAGAGAGAUUCAAGGACCCAUCAAGCUUCCCAUGGUACAAAGUGCCUGAAGCAUUGCGGCAGAGGCGCUUCGAGGAACUUUGGCAGUUGGCACACCGCUGUGGGCACAAAUCAGCAAAGCAGGCUGUGAAGCUCCUAACCGAGACCCCUGAAGUGGAGCAAGGUGGCUUUGAGAGGGUUCAGCGCCUGAACCGAUCUCAAAACCGAGCAUUGCGCAGUGGCACUCCAGCGGCCCCUGUGUAUGGCAAAGGCCCGCGUUCCAUCCACGACUGAAGAGCUAUUUCGGCUGUGGAGGUAUAGCGAAAAAGAGAAGCUGAAGAGGAGAAUCUACUGUGGGCCCAUCUCUACUAGGUUGGAGGCCAUCAUUUCUAGGUUGGGCUCUGAGGAGAAUCGACUUUUCAGUUGGCUCUUGAGCCUUGGGCCCAAGGCCCAUGGAUUCUUGCGCCCAAAACGGCAUUCUC